GGCUAGCUCGGGCACGCGCUGUCAGUGAGCGGCGGACGGGCUGCUGGAUCUGUGGAGCUCGGGACAGGAGCAGGAGUGCAGGUUCAUUACUGGGUUUGAAAGAACGUGAAGCCUGCAUGAGACUGGAGAUUUAAUGGUGUGGUUCUGCUGGACAGCCUUGUAUUACAAAACGUAAUUUGCCAUUGGGACUUGUGGAAACAGGGCCCAGUAGAGACCGUUGCAAGAGUCGAAAGUGAAGCAGGAGCUGAUGACCAGAGACCCUCAAGAUGGCACAAGUGCUUCACAUGGACCACAGCUUUGCAGGGAAAUCCAACCCAACGUCCCCCACUGCCUUAAGAGGCAAAGAGCAGGACCUCCCUUACUCUGUGGAGACUCCGUACGGCUACCGGCUGGAUCUUGAUUUUCUAAAAUACGUCAAUGACAUCGAGAAAGGAAACACAAUCAAGAAGGUCCCGAUUCACCGGCGGCCCAGGUACAGCUCGUUGCCGAGGGGCUAUGGCUACACGGGCUCCUGGUGGACAUCCACCGAGUCGCUCUGCUCGAAUGCCAGCAUGGACAGCCGGCACUCUUCUUUCUCCUUCUGCGCUCCGGGAUAUUAUGGCUCCUACCGGCCCGAAAGCCGACCCCAGUUCUUAGCUGGAGGUUUCAAUCCACGGGUGGAGAAAACUCUCUUGGAUGCACGAAAAAAACUGGAAGAAGAUCAGACCGACUCUAGUGGGAGGCAGCGAACGUUCUCCAACUUGGGGAGUCUGCAUGGAAGUGUGUCAGGGUCUACAAGCUCCUUGGUGGGCUCCAGUCUGAACCAGUCGUUCUCCAAAUCUCAGAAUGGUUCCCAGUGUACAGGAGGACAAUACACACCCAUGAGCUCCGGUCUCUCAACCCCGGUGUCUCCCACUCCGGCUCACCUACAGCACAUACGGGAGCAGAUGGCAUCCGCCUUGAGGAAGAUCCGCGAGUUGGAGGAGCAGGUCAAGAUGAUUCCUGUCCUUCAGGUCAAAAUUUCUGUCCUCCAGGAAGAAAAACGACAGCUGAGCGUUCAGCUGAAGAGUCAGAAAUUUUUGGGACACCCCAUGGGAUUUGGGAAGGCCCGGCCAAGGGGAGAGCUUUAUAUCGAUAUCCCUGAAGAAGAGCACGGGUCAAAGAGUGGGGAUGUCACCUCGCCCACAUUAGCAGAAGGUUCUCGGCAGGAUUCGGGGUGUGAGAUUGAAGACACGGUCAUCGUUGGAAGUGACCGGCCGCGGGUCGGUGCAAAGGAAGUGAGGUCUGUUGGGGUGGGAACAGGCGAUGAGGACAAUGAAGGUGCAAAGGUCAGAGGAAGUUCAGAGAAGGUUGGAGCAGUGCUGCGGCAUGCGAAUAUCUCCGUGACGGAGGAAGACUUGGGGUUGUCUUGCGCAGCAACGGAAGAGGAAGUGGAACGUCUGAAGGAAAACACGGAUGGCUUGAAGAGGAAAAUGACCGUGCUGGAGACACAACUGAAGAAAGCUCUUCAGGAACUCCAGACGGCCCAGCAAAGGAUUGAGCAGCAGGGGAAGCAGAUAGCCGAAAAGGAGCGGGAUGCCAAGGCGUCGGUAGCGGACGCUGUCAUCAUGACCAGCAUUGGAUGGCAGGACCUCCAGGAGUCCAGCAGUAAUUCUGGAGAGGCGGCGAGGCUCCAGACUGUUGUUUCAUUUAACCAGCCGCCACAGAAAAAGGAGCAAAGGACGGUGGGCAUUCAGGUGUACACCCUUGAGCAACCCAUGGUGGUCGGGGUGCGGAAAUGCCAAGAAGUCACAUUUAAAGGUAACAAAGCUGAGUUCAUCCCGCAGGCCAUGAAAGCAGAGGACGUUGCAGGCCUCUGCUCGUUUGCAUCCAGGACGAGCCUUUCAUCUGAGCAAGUGAGGACUCCAUCCGAAAGGGAGAUGGCGUCGGCCAUCGAGGUGCCAUAUGUCACUUACAGGUGUGGCGAAUCCACAGACACGGGGUCAGCCAGCAGUGGGCAGAAGGUGGGUGACCAGGAAACAAAGGUGGCGGGAGACGGCACUGAAGAGAACAAGAGGAAUUCUGGAGGAGGUCACUCUGUCGGAGACAGCACCCGGGAGCUCCCCAUUGCCGUCUCUUCAAAGGAGGUGCGCGAGGUCCUCCAGAGGUGCGAGGUGUCCUCCUCGGUCCCCGUUUCCAGCUUGCCCGUGGUCAUGGAUGCCAUUGGGGCAGUGCAGCUGGUAUCCCAACAGCCAGUUCCGUUGUGCCAACGGCUUAGGGAGGGUUCUGCAUUGCCCAGCGUUUGUGUCAGUGAAGAGCAACAAGAAACUGCAUUGCCAGCAGACCCCUUGAAAUCGGCCAUCACAAAAGAUGAAGAGGAGUCCCCGAGCAGCUCGGAGGCCACCGUGAAGAACCUGCACUUUGUGGGAGUCAAUGGCGGUUACGAGAGCACGUCCUCCGAAUCGAGCUCGACGAGCUCUGAGAAUGACAGCUCCGAGAGCGAGUACCACGAAGCCAACGAGAGGCUGCCCGAGUCCCAGCAGUCGGCCAUCAGCGACGAGCCUCCCGCACAAGAGCCAUCGGCCACCGGGGCCCCUCAACCGGAGGGGGUCCCCUCUACAGCACAGAGCCCCCCUGAGCAGGCGGAGGCGACGCCAGAAAGGGUGGACAACAGGUUUGAGCUCAGUGAGGGUCUGAUUGCCGCUUGCAUGACGCUACAGAAGUCCCUCGGGGUGCCCAACGCCUUUGGCCAACAGGACGUGAGACUGGCCUACACUACGGUGCUACAGGAGUGGCUGCGGGUCUCCUGUCACAAGGCGGCCGACCCCGAGGUGGUGUGCCACUACAUGACGGUUUUCAAGGCCAUGUCGCCACAGCUGCUGGAGUUCAUCGUCAACAUGGCUGACGGCAACGGCAACACGGCUCUGCACUACACCGUGUCACACUCCAACUUUCCCAUCGUCAAGCUGCUGCUGGACACAGGCCUCUGCACAGCAGACAAGCAGAACAAGGCCGGCUACACCCCCAUCAUGCUGACCGCACUGGCCGCCUUCCGCUCGGACAGCGACCUCGAAACGGUCAUGCAGCUUCUGAGGACGGGGGAGGUCAACGCGAAGGCCAGCCAGGCCGGACAGACAGCUCUGAUGCUAGCGGUCAGUCACGGCCGCAUUGACAUGGUCCGCGCCCUGCUGGCCUGUGGUGCCGACGUCAACCUACAGGACGAUGAUGGCUCCACUGCCCUGAUGUGUGCCUGUGAGCACGGCCACGUGGAGAUUGUCAAGCUUCUCCUGGCCGUGCCAGGCUGCGAUGCCACUCUCACUGACAACGAUGGCAGCACUGCUCUCUCCAUCGCCCUGGAGGCCAGCCAGAAUGACAUCGCCGUCCUGCUUUACGCCCAUCUCAACUUCGCUAAGCCACCCUCUCCGGUAACCCAGAAAGCCAUCCAGCUCGGGACAUCCCCGCCAUCAGACUCCAAGUGACCAGCCAUCGUCCCCUGAAGACGGACCCUGCUGCGCUGCCCACUCGCCUCACUUGCACGACGUCUGCUCAGCUGCUUCACCACAUUUCCUUCAUCGCUGCCUCGGUGACCCGACCACCAGCAGAGACCACCGACACACGUGGGCACAGCAAUAACACCCGGAGAAACCGAAGCGGAGCCGCCACUUGUCUUUCUGUCCCCUGCCAGGAUGCCCACCGAAGUGUUGCUCAUUCCCCACACGCCUGCUCGUGCCAGCCUCCCGUUACACUUCGGUCCGUCUUCAUUUUAAAUGCCCAUCGGACAGGCGGCACCUCAACAAGUCGCCCGUCACUUCGGGCUUUGCCUGGGUGGGCCAACCGGGCCAGAGCGACUCGUUAGGGCGCUGUAAUCCCCCCGCUUUAUAUCGCACCCCUCCUGGUUUCAAGAAUGUACUCGAGAAGAAAUCCUGCAGCAGUAGAUGAAUAAGACGAUGUUUGCUUUAUUUUAUUGUGUUAAACGCAAAUCCACAAAUUGUUUUCUAUAACUUUUGAAAUGCAAUCCUCCGAUGUUUUCUACGAAUGCCAGUCCGCGUAUUUUGAGAUUGGGACGCCUGUGUAAUCGGAUUACUUUAUAUUUGGAUUAUUUAACUCUCUCUAUAUUUUUAGCAUGUUAUUAAGUUUUUAAUAUAUAUCAAUUAUAUAAAUAUAUGUUACACAAA